AUGUUUGGAGACAGCUACACUGAGCGCAAAAUCGACUUCGUGACGGGUCAUACUGGCAGUAAUGUGUGGGACAUCACUCGAGUAACACUGGUCGCUCCGAAGUUUUUCGAUCCUUACACGACUUCAGCAUAUCUGACAGAUUUCUUGCUUCAAGUCGGGGCUAUUCUCUUCGCCGUCACGGCGUAUGCUGACAGCCCCUCUGUGUUGAUCGGAUUUCUUCUGAUCCCAGCAAUUGGUACUCUUGUCAAUGGCGAUAAUCUCGAACACAGAUUCACCAAGCCUGCAAAGCCUCCUGUAAAGGAGGAUGAUGCCGCUGGACCCCCUGAACCUGUUGAUUUGGUCCCUGUCAAGCCCUUCAUCACCACUUACAGAGGUGCCAUGAUGAUCAUCACCUCUAUCUCUAUUCUGGCUGUUGAUUUCCCUGUCUUCCCUCGUCGUUUCGCAAAGGUCGAGAACUGGGGUGUUUCUCUGAUGGAUCUCGGUGUUGGUUCUUUUGUCUUUGGUGCCGGUCUCGUUUAUGCUCGUCAGCAACUCAAGGAAGAAGACGAGGAUACGCCCAAGGUUCCUUUUGCCAAGAGGAUGAACUCUGCCGUCAUGCAUUCUUUGCCUAUGCUUGCUCUCGGAUUCCUUCGUCUUUGGACCGUCAAGGGUCUUGAAUACCAGGAGCACGUUACCGAGUACGGUGUUCACUGGAACUUCUUCUUCACUCUUGGACUCCUGCCAAUCUUUGUCACUGUUCUUCAGCCUCUCAUCAAGUUCAUCCCUUCGUACAGUGCUCUUGGCUUUGCGCUGCUCGUUCCUUACGAGAUGCUGUUCGUCUACUCCGACCUUGGUAUGUUCAUGUUCAUGGCACCCAGGGACGACUUCAUCUCAGCCAAUAGGGAAGGUAUCUUCUCUUUCCUCGGCUACCUCGCCAUCUUCAUCGUCGGACAGGGCAUUGGUAUGGAGGCACUUCGCCGUGACGUCAACGCUGCCACUCCCAUCACGCAGAACGAUGAGUGGGUUGCUGAGAUGCUCGGUGGAACGGACAGCUUGAAGGAGGUCCGCAAGACUCGUGAGCACAACUCAAUGCUCAAGCUUGCCAAGUGGACUGGUCUCUGGAUUGUCGUUUACGUCUUUUUGACAUGGCACUACGGCCCUCGCUUGACUGUUUCGCGUCGUCUGGCGAACCUGCCCUACCUAGCAUGGGUCGCAGGUUUCAACUGCGGGCAACUCCUUCUCUUCCGCGUCAUUGAGGGCAUGCUUUUCCCUCUUCUGUACACUUCCCGCGACAGAAAGGUUGAGCAGGAGCGUGUUAAGAAGGCAACCAGCAAAGUGCUCAACGCCUUCAACCGCAAUGGAUUGGCAAUUUUCUGCCUCGCCAAUGUUUUGACUGGUGUUGUCAACAUGACCAUGCCUACCUUGGACAUGAACGACUACCAGGCCAUGGCAGUUUUGAUCAGUUACAUGGGCAUCUUGACUGGUGUCGGUUUGUUCUUGGACCAGCGCAACAUCACCAUCAAGCUGUAA